GCAAAACUUUAACUAAUCUUUUAAUGCCAACUUUUGGUAGCAAGCUGGUGGCACCAUUGUUAUGGAUGCUGAUGCUACAUCAACAUUGCACAAGAAUGGUGUGUCAGCAACAGAUGAUUCUUUUAAGUACAUUUGGUUCCAGGAUCACGAGAGUGAACUAAAGGCAAUCUACACUGGCUCCUCUUUCCUGAAAAGUUCAGCUGCUUGUGAUAACGUGGGACUAGUAUUGGAGUCUACAAGUUUCUAUGCUGAGCAGGGUGGUCAGUCUUCAUUUUUGUUCAUCUUGGACAUGCAUAUAUACUUUGACCUUGCAGUAGCACCGUGAACACUAUCAUAUCAGAACUGCAUUCGUUUGACUUUAUUUAUC